AUGACAGAGUAUCACUUAGUGAUCCUUGUUCACGGGCUUUGGGGGGUGCCCGCCCACAUGGAAUACCUCGAGCUGCAGGUGUUACAGCUCAAGCAGAAGUGCCCCGAAACCAUCGCAACCUACAAGACCAACAGUCACUCCAAGUUCGUCACUUACGAUGGUAUUGACGUCAACGGGAAGCGGGUUCGUGACGAGAUCGUCCAGCAAAAGGAAGAGCUUGAACGUGGCGGCAAUAAGGUGACCAAGCUCUCGGUGAUUGGGUAUUCGUUGGGAGGUCUCAUCCUGAGAUACGCCAUCGGCAUCCUUUACAAAGAAGGGUUUUUCAACGAAGUGAUCCCAGUGAAUUAUAUCACCUUCUGCACCCCUCACGUCGGGGUCCCGUCCCCGAAGAAGCUGAAGGCGAUCAAGCUUUACGACUGGCUCGCGCCUCAGUUUUUGGCCACCACCGGGGGGCAGAUGUUCAUGAGAGACUCUGAAGUGGGGCUGCUUGAUAAUGGCAGUAAGGGGAAACCAUUGCUUGUGUGGAUGGCCGACCCCAAGUCAAGUUUCUACAAGGCGUUGGCGUCGUUCCAUCACCUCGCCCUCUACGCUAACGCCAUCAAUGACAGACGAACUGCGUGGUACACCGCCCUGAUCUCACGCUACGACCCUUUCCACUCCCUCCACAACCACGACCCUUACAAAAUUCAAGCCAGCUACAUCAAAGGGUAUGAACCCACUGUCAUCGAUCGCACCAAGCCAAUCACGUAUGGUGAUACUUCUGUCAAACCCGAACAGAAGAGUGAUGUGAAAGAUAAAGGAGGUUUAGCCACCUACCUUCUUCGCAAAUGGCGAUGGUUUAAGGUGUUCGGAUCGGUGGUGCUUUUGACGCCGUUCUGGGGGCUUUCCUUCCUUAUCAAUACCAUCGUUCAGCGCUACUACCACCAGCGCCGGGUGAAGACAUUUUUCAGGGACAACACAUUAACGGACAUGUACCAUCCUAAUCCGUCUUUUGCCGAAAGCUUGAAGGACGUCGUCUUUGACAAGCAGGAGCAAAUCGUGAACAGCGCCUACAGUGCAGUGGAAACCACUACGGAGAACGAACGUGAUGAACAUCUCCGGCAACCCGAAACGUUACUGCUCACCAAAGAUCAAGAAUUCAUCGUCGAAAACUUGAAUAGUCUUGGGUGGGAAAAAUACCCGGUGAUAAUAAGAAACACCAACUCAACCCAUGCUGCGGCAAUCCACCGCCACCAAGAUCCUAACUUUGGUGAAGGCAAAUUAGUUGUGAAACACUUCAUUGACAAUGUGUUCUGCAUGGACUAG